AUGUUCGGCGUGGACUGGCUCAGUCUCGCCGUCCCAAUCGCCUACCUAGGCAUUCUCUUGGGGUCGCUUGCCACAUUUUCUUCUCUAUACCGCAAGCGCAAAGCCCACAAGGCAGCAUCUCUAGAGCCAUGGUUUCCUGCUCACCUGCAACGCGAUAUCUACUUCUCUCUCCUCCACCUUGAACCUUCACCAACCUCCGCAAAGGAAAAGAAAUCCCCGGCCAUCCCCGACUCAAUCCUGAAGGCUUCCCUUCUUCGUCGCGCUGCUGAAGAUAUCCGUCGCCUUAUGGCGCUGCGCAGCCAGAAGCAAGCUCUUGCAACGCUUCUCCAGCGUGGUAGUGUUGGUGAUGAUCUCUGGCAGCGAUUCCAGCGCGCGGAGAAGGAAAUGGAAGACGAGGUCAAGGAUGUGGUCUCAGAGGCAAACGCUUACGCUGCUGGCUGGGGUCAGACUAUCUUCCAGUCCGCCAACGAGAUGAUGAAUAACGAUAUCUACCGCAAACGCAUGAAUGAGCAACAAGGGAAAUUGGAAGAGGAGCGCCAGUGGUGGACCAAGAAAAAGACGAGUAUCCAGGAAGGGUUCAUGAAGGAAUUGAAUGAGAACUCGUCUGCAUCGGCUUUUACUGGCGCGACCCAGACCGCCGACACUACAGCGAAGUCCGUUGAGACCGCAUCUACAACCCCUGCUCCUGCUGCUUCUAUACAGGGUAGCGAUGACGAUGCUGUCCUAGUGGAGGCCGAAACCUCCUCAAAUACCCCUGCUUCUCCGCCAAGCGCAAAGAAGAAGAAGGGCAAGGGCAAGAAAUAG